AUGAAUUUAAAGACAUAGGAAUUUAAAAUGCUGAAGGAUAUUGAACAUGAAAAGCUUCAACAUCUACAAUUAUAAAUAGAAUUUGAAAAAUUGACAAAUGAGUAUAAAGAUAGAGAAACUAAAAUGCUGAAGGAAAUUGAAUAAGGAAAAUUACAAUAUGCUGAAUUAUAAAAAGAAAAUGAAAGAUUAAUAAGUGAAUUCAAAGAUAAAGAAACUAAAUUGCUGUAGGACAUAGAAAAUUAAAAAUAAUAGAAUUAAUAACUUAUAUUAGGUAAAGAUAUGUAAGGAAAUGAAUUGUUGUAAAUAUAACAAAAGCUAAACCUUGAAAUUGAUAAUUUAAAAUAGUAAAUUUAAAAUUUAAAUGAUUAACUUAAACUACAAUAAUAAUAAUUUGAUGAGAAAGAGAAAUAAAAAAAUAAAGAAAUAGAAGAACUCAAAUUAUUACAUGUUCAAUUGGAAAAAUAAAAUGAGAAUUUAACAAUUGAAUUUAAAGAUAAAGAAUCCAAAUUGAUUUUAGAAAUAGAACAUGAAAAAUUACAUCAUUUAAAAUUAAAAAAAGAAAAUGAGACUUUAUCAAAUGAAUUUAGAGAUAAAGAAACUAAAAUGUUGUAGGAAAUUGAAUAAGGAAAAUUACAACAUGUGGAAUUAUUAAAAGAAAAUGAAAAAUUAACAAAUGAGUUUAAGGAAAGAGAAAAUAAAACGUUAAAGGAUAUUGAACAUGAAAAGCUUCAACAUCUAAAAUUAUAAAAAGAAUAUGAAAAAUUAAAAUAAUGA